GGAGCUCUCAGAAAGAAUUUCACCGUGUUUGGGGUUGCAUCGCGUCGCGUGACCGCAUCAAAGUCCACAAAAUAUAAUAAGGAAACCCUUGGCCCAUAAUAUCGACCAUUGUGAGUCCGAAUUCGAUUGUGUUGGCGACUGAAAAAAAGGCUAACAUGCUAAUUUAGCAUCGAAUCAGUUCGCAAAACAAUUCCAACGAAAGCGAAAUCCGUUGAGCCAGCAAACAAAUUGUUGCUCCAGCCGCCGGGCAAAGAAGCGUGGAUACAUAAAAAAAUAAAAAUAACAAGCAUAGCAUAAAUAAUUAAUUCCAAUAAACCCAAAUACAUACAAAAUGUCGCCAUUCAUGGAGAAGACGUUGUUGUUGUUAGGCGUGCUCUGCUGCAUACAAGUGACCACUGCCCUGAUGUGCUAUGACUGCAAUAGCGAGUUCGAUCCCCGCUGCGGCGAUCCCUUCGAACCGUACUCCAUUGGCGAGGUGAACUGCAGCAAACAGGAGCCCUUGGAGCACCUGAAGGACAAGUACAAGCCCACCCUUUGCCGCAAAACCGUUCAAAAGAUUUACGGGAAGACCCGGAUCGUGCGUGGCUGCGGAUAUAUACCAGACGAACACACCGACAGCAAGUGUGUGAGACGCUCGGGAACCCACGAUGUGGCCGCCAUCUACUGCUCCUGCACCAAGGAUCUGUGCAACGGGGCCGACUCACCUGUUGCCAAGUGGAUGAUGCUGCCCCUCGUCUUCUCCGCCGGAUUGGCGCUCCUGCUGAACUCGAGGCACACAAUACGAUUCCAGAGCUCGUAAAUUGAGCCCGAACUAGCAUUUCACUGAGUUCACUUUUAACUUAUUGUUUCGAACUUUGUUGGUUUUUCGUUUCAAAACUGCAGUUGAUGCUCAUUUAGUUGCAUAAUUUAUUUUAAUAUAUAUCAUUUAAUGUGUUCGUAAGCGUAAAAAUAAUAAGAAUAAUAUGGAAAUUAAAUUACCUUAUGGGUUCACUCAACACAUUAUAUAAACAAAAUAACGAGAUGGUAACACACACUUUUGGGGGCAGUAAUAAAUGAACGUUUUUUAAGCCUUUGUUCGAAAUUCAUUUUGAAAAUACAGAAAAACUGCCAGUAAAUGUCUCCGCCUAAAACAAAAUUCAACCGUCGACCCCGAAAAAGAAAACCUAAAUAAACAAUACAGAUGAUCGCUAAUCUAAUAUAAGUCAUAAUCCACAGAAAAGUAAGCCAAUGAUGUAGAAAAACCUGUCCUAUUCUGGGUAAGAUUAACCGUCUUUUAAUGAGAUUAGUAAAAAGCUAAAAGGGUUUUCUUAUUCAUGGCUUAUGGUUUUUGAUUCAAAACUAUAGUAAAGUUCCCUCUAAAAAUUUUUAUUUACUUUUAAUUAUUUUAGCAAUUUUUUAUUUAGUUUAUUAAUGAGUUAAUCCUCAAGGGGUGAAGGCCCUUCGAAAACCUGUGAGUGCAAAUUUUAAAGAUGAACAUCUAUCUUUAUGGGAAAUAACUUGCAAUAAUAAGGACUUUCCAUUAUUUUCAUAUAAUUAUCUUUUAUUUUAAAUUCCAAGUUUAAGGGGCUUGAGUUAAUACCAUUAAACUUUUUUUAAAUCCAAACUUAUACUUUGACAAAAAGUUGAAAUACACAAAAUUAGAUCAGUUUUUAUGUAAUUUAAACCCAUAAAUGGGGAAGGGCCAACCUCAAAGGCAAACCCUUCAUGAUAACAGUUAGUGCAAAUUCUAAGGAUGAACAUCGAUCUUUACGGCAAAGAAUUUGCAAUAAUUGUUAUACAAAACCCAUUGAAAAACCGAAACCGAAAAUCAAUUUUCCAAAAAUAAGUGAAACGUAUUCAAAAUUUAUACGAAGUAAAUAAAUGAAAGAAAGCCUAUCUGGAAAACAAAAAGAGAAUCCAUAAAAUAUUAAAUACGAAAAGAGAAAAAUCAAUUUUGUCCAUUAAUAAGCUUGAUACGAAAAGUAAACCAAACUAAACGGCCAUGAUCCCGAUGACAUUUCCAAAGGAUUUCCGAGUGGAAGUGGAGUUGCUAACAUGGCUGAUAAUGACAUAAAUCUUCCUAAUACUUUAGACGGAAAUUGCAUAAACAUUUUGAUUUGUGUCCCCAAUGAGCAAAACUAACACAAAACCAAGGUACAGUCAACACAAAGCAUGGCAAGAUAUUAAUAAACAGAAACACUAGCCAACAUAUAAAAACAAAACCAGUUACAAACACAUCAUUUUGUGUAGAAAAAAAAAAAGAUAUAUAUAUAUAUAUAUACACAUGAAAAAUUGCAUAAAUUAUAUAACAUUAUAUUUAUUUAGUUAAAUAUUAUUAAGAAUUAUACGGAAAGAUAAUAAGAUAAAGAGACACAGA